CACACACCAGAUCAGGAACUUGUCAGUUCCUAUCUGUCCAGCAAAAUGGCCCUGGCUAUCCGCUCCUCCCUGCGCGCGGCCGCGAUGGGCCGCAAGGCCUUCCGCCAGGCCGUGCCUGUGCGCGUCGCCCCCGCCCAACGCGUGCGCUCGGUGACCACUGCCAGCGCUGAGAUCACUGCUUACAGCGUGGAGGAGAAGGGCCCCAAGGACUCCCUGGAGUACCGCAUGUUCUUCAAGCAGGGUGCCAAGGAGGUGUCGUGCUGGCACGAGAUCCCCCUUUACGCCGGUGACGGCCACCUGCACUACAUCUGCGAGAUCCCCAAGGAGACCUCGGCCAAGAUGGAGGUCGCCACGGACGAGCCCCGCACCCCCAUCAAGCAGGACGUGAAGAAGGGCAAGCUCCGCUUCUACCCGUACAACAUCAACUGGAACUACGGCAUGCUGCCCCAGACCUGGGAGGACCCCGGCCACACCGACGCCACCCUGGGCGCCGCGGGUGACAACGACCCGGUUGAUGUUGUGGAGAUCGGUGCUGCCGCUGCUAAGCGCGGCGGUGUGUACAAGGUCAAGCCCGUGGGCGUGCUGGCCAUGAUCGACGACGGCGAGCUGGACUGGAAGGUCAUCGCCAUCUCCGCUGACGACCCGAAGGCGGCUCUGUGCAACGACGUCGAGGACGUGGAGAAGCACUUCCCGGGUGAGAUCCAGAAGGUCCUGGAGUGGUUCCGGGACUACAAAAUCCCUGACGGCAAGCCCGCCAACAAGUUUGGCUACGACAACAAGUGCAUGAACAAGGAGUUCACCCUGAACGUGAUCAAGGAGACCCACGAGGCCUACGUCAAGCUCAAGUCGGGCGCCCGCGCCAACUCUGAGGAGCUGUCCCUGAUCUAAGUAACCCCGUGUGAUGCAGCUUGAGGUCUAAUGCGCCGCAGUGGCUGGUGGGGCUGCCGGGACCUGGUGUUCGCUUUUUGAUUUGGCGUCUUGUGCAUAACAGCAUGCGCGGCGUGUGCUGGUCGUAGCGUUGCGGGGAUAUCAGCGGUGCAUGGUUGCAGCACAGGUUCCGUACCAUAUGCACGGAAGUUUUUCCUCUGCGCCUGUGCGUGCGCGUGCACUACAUGCGUGUAACCCCCGCAGACGUAACUUGCGCCGUUCUGGCUGCAAUAGCUGGCCGCUUUACACCCCCGGUACGCCCACGCACAACGAAAAGUUGCGCCCAAAGGCUUGUGUUCAUGCCGAUCGAUAUCUUCAUUCACACCUGCCUGCGCUCACUGCACUGACAGAGUGACACGAUAUCCCGCGGGCUGAUGACUGCGUCAACUAAUGCGGUCCGUAACAGUCCUAAA